UUUGGAAUAAAUAUUUUUAUUUUGCUGAAAUAUCGAGUGAAAUAAGCAUUUAGCGUACUUGUGACGUUAAAUAAAUAUACAAUUUAAUAAUAUAAUGUUAUUCAUUCGUGAAUAGUUGUUAUAGUCAUUAGUAUUCUUCGAUGUAUUAGCCGUGAACAUGGGCAAAUCAUGCUGUAUAGAGGGCUGUGAUGUCUCCAGUCCAGAUGUAGAGUAUUUCAAGUUCCCCCGCAGCAGGUCCUUGCUGGCAGCCUGGAUAGAGGCGACCGGGGCGCCGGGGGGCGACGUCUGCUCAGCACACUUCACUGACGCCGAUUAUAAAAACAUGCGCGGCAAACGGCGGCUACUGGGCACUGCGGUUCCCAGCGUGUUUGCUACCAAACCACCAUCCACAGAAAAAGGAAACAUCACAGACCCGACAAAAGAUACAAACAAAAACGCCAAUACGAACUCAAAAAUUAAAAAAGCUAAAGAUAAAAAAAACACAGAGAAAGCUAAAGCGGAUUCUACCACAGAUAACAUAAAUGAAAUAACCAUAGACAAUGAUGAAUCCACCACUGAUACGGCCGAAACUGAUGUAACUGAGAAUAAUGUAGAAAAUGGAGAGAGAUCGCGAGACACGAGGCAAGGUGAAGAAAAUAAGAAUGGGGAAAAUAUUCAACCCGAAGUAAACGACAUCGAAGACAUGAUAACCAAUUACCAGAUCAAGCAGCCACCCCUCGCCGACCGGCUUAACCCGGACCCUCUAGAGGACCUUAUCCCGGCCAUCUUGGAAAACCAGAGCAUGCAGGAGUUGCAUGCUGCUGAGCAGGUCGACAUCGAAGUAGAGAUUCAGGAAGAAAAAAGGAAUAUUGAAAACACACAAGAGGUGAGCCCGAGCAAGUUGGACGUGGACCAGCUGGCAAACCACUUCGCCAACAAGUUGGACAAUCAGUUGGCGCAGAUAAUGUCCACCGCGCCCGUUUUCAUAGAAGUCGCCGUGGAUCAAAACGACACGCGAGCCGAGAGCCCCCAAGACUGCCUGAUGUUACUAGAGAGCGUCCAAUGUGAUAUAGAUCCUUCGAGCCUUAUGUUACCUGAACACGGCCCUGACACGGAUAGCGAUAUGGAAAUCAUCGAGUCCGAUAACAAAAUAACCGAAGAUCCCAACCCAAUUUCUCUUCUCACAUCAAGCGACGAAGACGAAGUCAUCAUAGAAGAACCUCACAUCGACACAGUAGAGGUCUCGGACGAGACAGACGAAGACGACAGACCUCUACUGAGGCUUAUUAAAGAGAAACCAAAGCAGAAAAAGCCGGAGAAAAAGAAGAAAAAAGGAAAUUUUGAAUACUUUGGAUUGAACGAACAAUCCAAUCUGUACUACUGCGUCCAAUGUGACUUCAGAACGGACAACGAAGCUGAGUUCCUACAACAUAACAUAGAUCUCGCUCAUAUGAAUUCAACAACCAUUCAAGUAUGUUCAACAUGUAACUAUACAACUGCGAGCAAAGCACAAUUCUCUAGACACAAACGGAAACACAAGGAUGAAAGAAACUUCAAGUGCCAUCUAUGUAACUAUAAAGCGAGACAUAACAUGAGUCUGAUCUACCAUCUCCGCUGCCACGAUCCGGUUGAGAAGAAACAAGAUAAAUUUACAUGUGAUAAGUGCGGUUUUAGUUCUAAUGUGAAAAGUGAAGCGUUGAAUCAUUUGAAGAAUAAAAGCUGUGGGGGUAGUAAGUAUUCGUGUGAGCAGUGUAGUUAUAGUACGAAGAGACGGAGUGAUUUGAGAAGGCAUCGGCUGAGGAGGCAUUCCGUUGAUGAUAGUGAUGAGGAUUUUACUAUUUAAAGCCGAUACUAAAACUUUUAAUUAAUAUGGCUGACUACCUAUUAACCUUUUGAACGCCACGCCUAUCGUACGCGGCGCGUAAUCGUGAACCUUGUCGGUACGCAUGAAGGUUGAUAUUGGGCUGUAGCCGCGCACGUCAUAUGACGUCUUUGGCGGUCAAAAGGUUAAAUACCAGAGCACACCAGCUGCGUCUGCAAGCGGUGUGCCGUCUCUCAUAAGGAUCUGUAUAUUACAACGCGCACGUGCACGUCUACGCACACGCACCCGGUGUGCACAGGCCUUAAAGCAGAGAUAGGUAAAUAAUAAAGACUGUUAAUCUCUAUACAAAGUUAUCCUAACCAUAAUCAUUGUAGAUGAGUGCAGUGGGAUAUAAUUAUUGAGUGAAAAUUAUAAUUUUAACGCCAUAUAUUUUAAUUUCAACAAAACAACUAACUAAUGUCAAAGAGAAUUUGAAAUAGAGGUGGAUUGUUAAAGAAACUUUACUGUCAUUGCGACACAUGAUUAAAACUUGUAGAACGUCAUUUGACUUUGAUCCUCAUUCUUUCACUGAUAUAUGUUAAAUUUGUUAAAUAAAGCGCCAUCUAAUAGAUCAAAGGCCAAAUGUAUGGCGGCAUUGUUUCGAGCGAUUAGCCGAUGCCCGGUAAGAUGGCGCCACUUUUUGAUAUUUAACAAAUUUAAAACAUAUCAGUGAAAGAAUAAGGAUCAAUGUCAAAUGGUGUUCUAAAAGUUUUAAUCAUAUGUCGAAAGAUGGCAGUAAAUUUAAAUUGGCUACAAAAUUUUCUUUGACAGUCCACCUCUAUUUCAAAUUCUCUUUGGAGACACGUAAUUAAGUAUCAAAAUUCUUUUCGUUACCUUUUUCCUGACUACUAUUACAUAUCAUGUAUAUGUACAUAAUUAUAUGAUUUAUAUGUAUUAGUCUGUCUUUUAUACAUCAUAUAGUAGUAUUUACUAUUUAUAUAUUUUUAAUAUUAUUUGACUUCACGUUUAAUUUUUUCCUUAUAAUUUUUUCCUGCGCCAACAUACACAAAUGUCUCUGUUUGACCCAAUGGUUGACUGGUAGAGACUUUUGGCAUUAAGUUGGCCAUUUGUACAUUUUUCUUUAUGUGUGCAAUAAAGUUUAAAUAAAUAAAUAAAUAUCACCCUAAAACGCACUUUUAUAUGGAGAUUAUCAGCCCUUAUGAUGCGAUUGUCAUUCAUAUACAAAAAACAUAGAAAACUUAACUAAUAGUCAAAUAUAAAUUAACUUUGAGGUUACUAUAUUGGUUGGAACAAUACAAUAAAUCGAUUUUCCAAUAAAAAGUUGUGACUAUUAAAAUGAUAAUAAAUGUAUUAUGUGUGAUUCUCUUUUAUGAAAUUAUUUUGUGAAUCUUUUGUACAACUGGAAUAUUGUUGAUUUUGUUUUCGAUAUUUUUGUUUUAAUGAAUUUAUGUUAAUAAUAGAAUUUAACCCUACCACGGCCAUAGCCGUGUAGAAAUGUACAAAAGGUACAUAAUCAAAUAAAAUCUCAGGUAUAACUUUCCCAUUUUGCUAGCAAUUUUUAUUUUUUAUUCUAGUUUUUUUACAGUACACAAAAAUUUGUAAGACUUUAUUAUUGCAAUUAUGUAACAUACAGCGCAGCCCUGUUAGGCCUCGCCUCCGGCUUCGGGCUUCAAUUGACACUCGUUCGUAAAUUCCUGUUUACCGCCCUUAAUACACAAUGUACUAUUUGAAACUCAUGUCUUUGUGAUACCGCCAUAAUGGUUUGGUCAGUUACGAUUAUUGUUGUUCGUAUACGGUAAAAUCUUAAUAUGUAAUUGUAAUGGUUAUUUACAGUACAUAUGGUGCUACUUUAUCGCACUAGUGCGAAAAUUAGCAUAUUACGUUACUGUGUCGAACAUUUAAAGACCCAUAUGUACUGUAAAACGUUGUACGAUACAUGUGCGAAUAGGUAAUUCGCAACUCGUGUCGAUUUAAAACACUCCCUUCGGUCGUGUUUUAAUUUAUCGCCACUCUUUUCGAAUUUCUUAUUUUUCGCACAUGUAUCGUAAUGUACUAUAGGAAAUUCGCAACGAGUGGUGAUAAAUUAAAACAUGAUCGGAGUUAGAUGUUGUUCGGGAAAUCAUUGAAAACAAUAACAAUCAAUAACACUAACAAUAACAACACACAACAACCCCAACACAACAACAACAAAACAACAACACAACAACAACAACACAACAACAAAAAUAACAAUAACCACGCAAUAAUGGACAAUAGUCGCGCGUUUAUGUCUUUUGUACACAUUUUUGUCUACUGAGAUACUUACCAAUUUGACCCUUUGUACGUCUUUGUUUGUACUAAGAAGGGAAGACUUUGCAAUAAUUAAAAAACGGCUUAACCGAUCAUGAUCGCUAUAGUUUAAAUUGAAAAUGUUUACUAAGCUUUACUUUCACGAUUUUUUUCAUAUUUUUUGGGCCCAUUGUUCAAAAAUUGGGGGGGAGGGGGGCCGCCUAUUUUUUUCUUUGGAAUCGAUUAUUUCCGAAGAUAUUAACAUUAUGAAAAAAUGGUUGUUGAAGACCCAUGUUCAUUUUGAAAGACGUAUCCAAAGAUAUCUCACACGAUAGAGUUGAAGCGAAAAAAAAAUCAUCCCCGCUUUACGUUGCUCUCACUUCGUUCGUUUCUUAAACCCACACUCGUGUAUUUUAAUGCCUUUUAUUACGUAGCAGUCACAUAAACUACUAUAAUUUAUUUCCUAAGUUAUACAUCUGGUAAUGUUGGUAUGGUCGUGAGAGGGUAUUCACAUUUGGUUUUCAGUUUUUCUAAGAAUGUUUUCAAGUUAUACAAUAGAUAGAUAGCAUGUUUCAAACAGGAAAUUUUCCAAAACUGUAUUGAGUUGACAGAUGUCAACUCAAUACAGUUUUGGAAAAUUUGGCACUUUAAGGUUAUAAAUUAUAUGUAGAUGUCACUAAACACACUGUUUUUUGAAAAAUACAUAAUUUUUCUAUUUUAUUUUCUACAUUUUUUGUAAUAGACAUGAAGUAUAUAUGCCAAACAUCUUACCAUUGGGCAUGAAUUAUGUUAAGAUAUAAAAUAAAAUGGAUUUAACCUUUUCAACGCUUUCUCCCUCGCAUCAAAAUGUGGCAUACACGCCAAUAUGUCAACUAUUGAGAAUCGAAUUUAAACCUUAUCUGUCAACAGUAAAAUUGCUUUGACAGCGUCUGCCAUGACCUCUUUAGUGGUCGUUGGCGUGGUAGGCACGACAGCACACGACCACUUUUGUGGCUCUUGGCGUUCAAAAGGUUAAAUCAUAAAAAUAUUAUCGGAAAAUCUCUAACUAUAUCCUUUUAACCUCUUAGAAUUUUUCAACCAGCGUGUUAGUGUCGCCGCCUGUACGAAGCUACACGAAACUUUGUCUUACCAAAAAAAGUUGAAAUAGGUGGAUUUUCAAAGUAAACUUUGUAGCCACAGUAAAUUUACUGCCAUCUUUCGAUACGAUUAAAACUUUUAGAACGCCAUUUGAAUUUCAAUCUUAUCCUUUCACUGAUAUGUGUUUAAUUUGUUAAAUAUCAAAAAGUGGCGCCAUCUUACCGGGCAUUACCCAAAAGUUGUAGCGCCUUUGGCCUUUGAUCUAUUAGAUGGCGCCACUUUUUGAUAUUUAACAAAUUCAACACAUAUAAGUGAAAGGAUAAGGAUCAAACGAUAAAAGUUUUAAUCUUGUGUCGAAAGAUGGCAGUAAGUUUACUGUACUUACAAAUUUUUCUUUGUCAAUCCACCUCUAUUUCAAAUUAUCUUUGGUCUUAUUUAUCACACUGCGGCGAAAUGAGCUGGAUAUUGUAUGUCUUAUACAAUGUAUUAAUUAUCAGACUACAGCGGUUAAAAUACCUGUACAUAAUUACAGUCAAGAAUAAGAUAAGUGUAAAAUACUAAGGUUCUGUUUCACAAUGUCCAAGUAAUUGGAUAGCUAGACAAAUAAUUUAACUGCCAGAUAUAACUACCUUAAGUGGUAAAGGCUACCAGUUAACCCUUUUCCAGGCCGCACCAAUCUACAAGGUUUUCCCAAAAAAUCCAAAUAUAUUUAAAUUAAUCCAGCUUUGAUGAUUCAUGUGAAGACAAGUAACAUUUCCUGAAAGUGUAAUCUAAUUUGAACCUUAAAUCGGAAUGUUAAAGUUGAAAUUCUAAUGGCGCGUAUGUGGUCGAUAAAUCGAUAGAAAGGGGUUAAGCUUAUUUGCAGAUUGUGAAACGCCAACGAUGACUUAUUCGUCAGAUAAGUGGCAAGUAGUUUAUUCAGGAUUUUACUUGGACAUUGUGAAUUAAAAUGGUCCGUAGUGAAAUCAGUCAGAACAUUUAAAAUGAGAAUGUGAAAUGAGUUCUAAAGUCAUGAUUCCUGAAUUAGUAUUAAGUUGUUGUAAAUAUAGGUAAGGUUUUGUGAAAUACCGUAAUAUUAAGCGAUACGUGCGUUGUUUGUAAAUAUAGUUUAUUUGAUUCCA